AUGAGUAACAAAGAUACAGGAUCAAAACGUUAUGCUUAUCGUGCAAAUAAGGAAGAGAACCGUAAAGAAUUGAAACAUGUUAAAAUCGAUGAAAGUAGUGUGGUGAAUGAAAAUAUGAAAAUGGAUUUGCCAAAGAAAAGAUUCUACCGUCAAAGAGCACAUUCCAAUCCAUUUUCUGAUCAUCAAUUGGAAUAUCCAGAAAAGCCUGCUGACAUGGAUUGGUCAAAACUAUAUCCAUACUAUUAUGAUGAAAACACUAAAGAAAUGACCAAGAAGGUAACCAUAACUGAUAUUGGUUGUGGUUUUGGUGGUUUACUAAUUGAUUUAUCCCCAGAAUUUCCAAAUGACCUGAUUUUAGGUAUGGAAAUUCGUGUUCAAGUUACAAAUUAUGUUGAAGAUAGAAUUAUUGCUUUGAGAACAAACAAUGUUGAAACAAAAGGUUAUCAGAAUAUUAAUGUAUUGAGGGGUAAUGCUAUGAAAUUUUUACCAAACUUCUUUGAAAAAGGCCAACUAUCAAAAAUGUUUUUCUGUUUCCCAGAUCCACAUUUUAAACAAAGAAAGCAUAAAGCCAGAAUUAUAACAAACACUUUAUUAAGUGAAUAUGCAUACGUUUUGAAAGAAGGAGGUAUUAUAUACACCAUUACAGACGUCGAAGAUCUACAUAUAUGGAUGGCUAAGCAUUUGGAAGAACAUCCGCUAUUCGAAAGAUUAGAUGAAACUUGGGAAUCAAAUGAUAAAUGUGUCCAAAUAAUGAGACAUGCGACAGAAGAAGGUAAGAAAGUUGAAAGAAAGAAAGGUGAUAAAUUUGUAGCAUGCUUCAAAAGACUGCCAACUCCAGAAAUUAUCUAA